UGACGUUUCUUUCGGAAUACAAAUAGGAGAACAAAUAAAAUAAUAAUCGAAUCGAAUGUAGCAGUAUCUUUUGAACUGUGUUGCAUGAAACAUGCGUUACUUCUAUGGUGCAUCGGAUGAAAAGUUCUUACCAUCAAAAGAUGGGACGAAGAUGGAAGAUCCCGCUCCUUUGUCCACAUACGCCUUUCAAUUAUAUGACGUUACCCAAGACAAACCCAGAUUCGAUAAAAAUGAUAUGCCCGCAGCAUUCAAAUGUACUCCGGAUAAACUGUUAAAUCUCUGUGCCAAUAUUGUGGACGCCUUACCUCUACCUUCGGUAUUCGAAUGGAACACUAAAGAUAUCUGUAAAUGGUUGCGUGAAUAUGGCUAUAGACAAUAUCAGAAUACGUUUCGCGAAAAUCUUAUUAAUGGACGCACUUUGCUGCUCUUAGAUGCAUCGGCUCUAUCAGCUAUGAAUAUCAAAAAUUUCGACCAUAUCAAACAUCUUACCAAUGGAAUACGAUCUUUGUUUUACUUUGAAAUGACCAAGUUUGCACGUAAAAUUUCACUUCAUCCGGAAUUCCACAAUGAACUGUAUAAACUGCUUCGUAUAAGAACUGGACCGAAAUAUGAAAGAGCUCGUCGCUCGGAUUUGUGGCGUGAACUGCAGUUGCUUCGCAAAAAAGAACCAAAUCAUUCGCACUGGGAAGUAUUGGAAAAAUGGUUGGGAUUCGACAAAGAUCCCGAGUAUACAGAAAUUAUUGGUGGCAUGCAUCGAUAUAGUUUGUAUCGAUGUAAGGCAAAGACUAUACACUUGCCAUCUGGUAAACGUUCAAAGGAAUGCUUGUGUUUACCACCCUGUGAAUGUUCUUGGACAGAUGCAGAUCUUCGUUCUCCUUGGACCGUUAAAUGUUUGCCUCAUCUGAAACGCGUAAGUGAAUUUGCAGAAACAUGCAAUGAUUGCAUUCCACCAUGCACUUGCCGUUGGUCCUCGAAGAAAUAUAUGACUGGAAGUGUACUAUCUUGCCUCCAAACUGCGUUUCCACAAAAAUAUGGACUUUUAUUGGGUAAAAGCGGCAAGGUGUGUCAACGAUUGGAACGCUCGAAAACGCCUCUAUCAUAUCGUUUGUCUUUACUAUAAAAUAGAAUUUUAUAAUUUCUUCAUUCGAUCUGUGCUUGUAUAUUUACUAAAAUUUAAUUGAAAACAUUUUUACGUAGUAGUAAAUAGAGCACACCUAAACCGAUUUGUUUAACAAAUUGCCAAGGUAAAAUAAAUUAAAUCAACGCUUUCGACUCCCGAA